GCCCAGCGGCGGGAAGGGCGUGGCCAGCGGCGGGCGGGGCGUGGCCAGCGGCGGGCGGGACCGGCCUCCUCACCUCCGCCGCGGGCCGCGCAUUCCGGGGAGCCGCUUCCCCCGCAGCCGCGGGCCGAUUGCGUCGCACGCGUGGCGGGGGAGCCUGGGCGCCUCUGUCCACCUGCCCAGGGAGAAGCCCCCUGCCCCACCCCUGCCGCCAGGAUGGGUGACUUCAGUGAGAAGAAUUCCACAUGUGGGACCGUCUGUCUCAAAUACCUGCUUUUCACCUUCAACUGCUGCUUCUGGCUGGCUGGCCUGGCCGUCAUGGCCGUGGGCAUCUGGACGCUGGUCCUCAAGAGCAGUUACAUCAGCCUGCUGUCCUCGGGCACCUACCUGGCCACGGCCUACAUCCUGGUGGUGGCUGGAGUCGUCGUCAUGGUUACCGGGGUCCUGGGCUGCUGUGCCACCUUCAAGGAGCGCAGAAACCUGCUACGCCUGUACUUCAUCCUGCUGCUCCUCAUCUUCCUGCUGGAGCUCGUCGCCGGGGUGCUGGCUUACGUCUACUACCAGCAGCUAAGCUCGGAGCUGAAGGAGAACCUGAGAGACACCCUAACCAAGCGCUACCAGCAGCAGGGCCACGAGGCUGUGACCAGCGCCGUGGACAAGCUGCAGCAGGAGUUCCGCUGCUGCGGCAGCAACAACUCUGAGGACUGGAGGGAGAGCGCGUGGGUCCACUCCCCGGAGGCGCAGGGCCGGGUGGUCCCUGACAGCUGCUGCAAGACCCUGACUCCCGGCUGCGGGACGCGAGAUCACGCCUCCAACAUCUACAAGGUGGAGGGCGGCUGCAUCAGCAAGCUGGAGACCUUCAUCCAGGAGCACCUGCAGGUCAUCGGGGCCGUGGGGCUGGGCGUCGCCUGUGUGCAGGUCUUUGGCAUGAUCUUCACCUGCUGCCUCUACAAGAACCUGAAGCUGGAGCACUACUGACCUCGCCGCGGCCCCCGUCACUGCUGAGGAAACCUCCACGCCUCCCUCACCUGCGUGCCAUCCCCCCGGGGACUCCUAAGCGCCUUCCGCUGUCGCCAAAGCCAGGGGCGGCCCGUGCCGUGAGGCGGGCUCCCCGGGGUGGUCUUCGGACUGGGGUGCUCCCUACUCGGAGGCCCACCCCCACCCACCCCACCCUGCCGUCCUGGGGCCUCUGCUGCCUCCGUGCCCAGGAGGGUGCACCAGCUGAGCUCAAUAAACACAUGGAACCACUGGG